UUAGGACAAGGUAAGGUCAUCCUUUCAUAAAUCUGUUGCCUCUCUUUACCAUAAAAACUAAUGAAACCUGUGGUGGAAGUGUUUGCUAAUGUAUAGUGAUUGUUCUCAUAAAUGAGCUUCUGCAUGUCCUUUGUGAGCAGCGCAUAAUGGUCCUCUAUUCAACCAAGGAUGCUAGUGAUUAAAGUUCUGCUGUGAGAUGUUUUUGUACUCAUAUCAAUACAAUGAUUGCUGAAACCUAAGCUUAACAAAACUCAUAACAAGACAUGCCCACACAAAAUAUGAGAUCAAAUUUAUUACUCGUAGCUGGUUAAAAUAUGAGCUCAAUCUAUUUUGUUUGUUUUACAUAAUACCAUUCAUGUGGUUUUCAAUCUGUGAGCCUUUAAAAGGGCCAAAUGAUUUUCUCUUCGAAACUAUAAAAAGCCCCAUCUGAAGUUUGUGGAAUUUGUACGCCGAAGAGUUUGAUCAUUUUCAGCACAUGCGAGUAAAGGGUCUAAAAUGGUUCUUAAACACAAGAUCACAUUGUUGCUGCUCAUCUUCACAUCUUUGAUUGAACUGACUAGUGGAAAUUCAACAAUGUCAAUGAUCGGCGACAGAGGCUGUGAUCAGCGAUGUCUGGCACAAGCUCUGAUUGAAAAAGAACUACUGAGUGCGCCACAGGGUGAUAACUGCACCAUCGUAGUAAACAUCACUUCAAUACAAUAUGAGACACUGUCUUUUGAUACAAAGGUCAUGCAAAUGACCAGCCGUAUCAAGGUUAACAUGGAAUGGAAGGAUCCUGAUCUUGGGUGGCAAAGGAAUUAUAGCUUUCCAACAAUUGUCAUGCCGGUUGAGAAAAUCUGGAUUCCUGGGAUUGUUUUGGACAAUGCAAUAGACACAUCUAUGGAGCCGUACACUAAUGAUGUGCAGGUGAGGAGGGAUGGCACUGUGGAUCAUUCAGUUGUCUUGUUCACCACAGUGAGCUGUGAAAUCAACCUUUUCAACUACCCCUUUGUGAAUGGAGAAUGUCCUGUGGCCAUCAAUGGAUGGAGCCAGAAAGCUUGUGCACUCACACUCCAGAUCGCUGAUAACGUAUCUCUGGUUGGGGGUUCUCGAGGAGAGUGGCAGACUAUGAGUGUCACCAAAGUUUCAGAUGUGGCACAACCAGAUCGCAGUUAUCUCCGUGUCAAACUGUCUAUCAACCCCUUCGGUGCUUUUGUGACCAUGAUUCUGCCCAGUGGACUGAUAUUGCUGGCCGACCUGGUGAGCUUCGCUCUGCCAUUUGAAGGAGGAGAACGCAACUCUUUUAAGGUCACAUUGGUCCUGAGCUUUACCAUGUUCCUCCUCAUCUUAAAUGACCACCUGCCUAACGGCGGCAACUGCAGCCCUCUGCUCCAUUAUCACUUUAGCUUCUGUCUGGUGUGUUUGGUGCUGAGUAUGCUGAUGUCUAUAGUGCUCACACGUCUGUCAGUAGAUGCCAGUAUUUUGCCAUGCAGACGCUCAAAGGUUCAUCCUUCUAACAGCACCAAAACUCAAAAUGACAGCCUGGAUCAAGUGAAAGAUACUGGUUCAGAGAUUUCUUUACUCCAGAAAAUAGUCAAUGUUUUGGAGGAUAUGGAUAAAGGAGACGAUGAGAAGGAGAGUAACAUGGCUUUCGCAUACCUCAUGGACAAAUUCUGUUUUGCCUUUUUUGUAAGCGUUUACAUCAUUUAUGCCAUAAUUAUCAUUGGUAUCACCCGAACAGACAUCUGUAAGGUUAAUAAUCUAGACUUUUGGGAUGAUUCUAAGGCUACAGAUUACUCCUAUGACUACUCAUUCUACUACUACUAAUAUCCAAUAUACUAUCCUUCACUUCACUGUUUCAAUUGAUCCUCUCAGCUGGGGGCGUUUUUUUGUUGUUUUUUUUUUGGUGUGUGUGAAUAUAACCUGUAUUACCUAGCAAAUUGUACAAGAUAAUAAUCUGAAUAAUGUAUAAAGGGUACAGUUCAUACAGUUGAAAUUUACAUACAAUUAGGUUGAAGUCAUUUAAAUACAUUUUUUAACCACUCCACAGAUUUAGUAUUAGCAAACUAUAGUUUUGGACAUCUACUUUGUGCAUGAUACGAGUACAGGCCGAAACAUACUUCACGCAAGUACGCAAAUGUAGAUGUGAGCGCUUGGCCAAUGCAUGGCCAACGCGUGGUCCCAUUGUACAUUACGUGCGCUCUUGCAUUGCUCUGGCGGUUACAAACCUCAGACCACGAGGGCAAUAGAUUUUUUUUAGGUGUGACCACGAAACCGAUGCUGCAUCUGAAACUAGGAAAAUGCUGCCUUCGUAGGCUGUAUAUGGUGGCAGGAUGAAAAUAAUGUGCUUUUCAAACUGUUCAGAGACCAGCAAGUCAGCUGCCUAUGUUUUCGGAUGCAGCCGGAUGUGGUACAUGAGUCGAUAGUUCAGGAGUGGGGAAGAACAAGUUCGUUUGAAUGGACUGGGGAUAAAAGGUUGUAUAUAUUUUUUAGAAAAGAUUAAACUCAAAUUGCUGCCCGAGUCCGCCAUGACAGUUGUUGAUUGAUAGAAGAAAAACGCCCCUUGCGGCAGUGCUGAGAAUGCAGCGUGAGCUUGCGUAGUAAGGUGCGUUUGCGUUCAUGUACUUGCGUAGAGUAUGUUUGGGCCUUAAUUUUUCCAACAAUUGUUACAGACAGAUUGUUUCAAUUUUAAUUGACUAUAUCACAAUUCCAGUGGGUCAGAAGUUUACAUACACUAAGUUAACUGUGCCUUUAAGCAACUUGGAAAAUUCCAGAAAAUGAUGUCAAGCCUUUAGACAAUUAGCCAAUUAGCUUCUGACAGGAGGUGUACUGAAUUGGAGGUGUACCUGUGGAUGUAUUUUAAGGCCUACCUUCAAACUCAGUGCCUCUUUGCUUGACAUUAUGGGAAAAUCAAAAGAAAUCACCCAAGAUCUCAGAAAAAAACUGUGGACCUCCACAAGUCUGGUUCAUCCUUGGGAGCAAUUUCCAAAUGGCUGAAGUUACCACGUUCAUCUGUACAAACAAUUGUACGCAAGUAUAAACACCAUGGGACCACACAGCCAUCAUACCGCUCAGAAAGGAGACGCAUCCUGUCUGCUAGAGAUGAACAUAGUUUGGUGCGAAAAGUCCAAAUCUAUCCCAGAACAACAGCACAGGACCUUGUGAAGAUGCUGGAGGAAACAGGUAGACAAGUAUCUAUCUCCACAGGAAAAAAAGGCCUAUAUCGACAUAACCUGAAAGGUUGCUCAGCAAGGAAGAAGCCACUGCUCCGAAACCACCACAAAAAAGCCAGACUACAGUUUGCAAGUGCACAUGGGGACAAAGAUCUUACUUUUUGGAGAAAUUUCCUCUGGUCUGAUGAAAUAAAAAUGGAAAGUUUUGGCCAUAAUGACCAUCAUUAAUUUUGGAGGGAAAAGGGUGAUGCUUGCAAGCCGAAGAACACCAUCCCAACCGUGAAGCAUGGGGGUGACAGUAUCAUGUUGUGGGGGUGCUUUGCUGCAUGAGGGACUGGUGCACUUCACAAAAUAGAUGGCAUCAUAAGGAAGGAAAAUAUAUGGAUAUAUUGAAGCAACAUCUCAAGACAUCAGCCAGGAAGUUAAAGCUCAGUCGCAAAUGGGUCUUCUAAAUGGACAAUGACCUCAAGCAUACCUCCAAAGUUGUAGCAAAAUGGCUUAAGGACAACAAAGUCAAGGUUUUUGAGUGGCCAUCACAAAGCCCUGACCUCAAUCUGAUAGAAAAUUUGUGGGCAGAACUGAAAAAGCGUGUGCGAGCAAGGAGGCCUACAAACCUGACUCGGUUACACCAGUUCUGUCUGGAGGAAUGGGCCAAAAUUCCAGCAACUUAUUGUGAGAAGCUUGUGGAAGGCUACCCAAAACGUUUGACCCAAAUUAAACAAUUUAAAGGCAAUGCUACCAAAUACUAACAAACUGUAUGUAAACUUCUGACCCACUGGGAAUGUGAUGAAAGAAAUAAAAGCUGAAAUAAUUAUUAUUAAAUUAUUUUGAAAUUUCACAUUCUUAAAAUAAAGUAGUGAUCCUAACUGACUUAAGACAGGUGAUGUUUUUUACGAUUAAAUGUCAGGAAUUGUGAAAAACUGAGUUUAAAUGUAUUUGGCUAAGGUGUAUGUAGACUUCUGACUUCAACUGUAUAUAAAAUACUGAUUUAUUUAUAAAAACAUCAAUAUAAUGUCUUAAGUGCAUGAAUACCUACAGAAUAUAUUGUACAAAAUACUCAUUGGCUAUGUGGUUACACUAUACAUAGAUAUCCAAACAAAACUAAAUAAAUAGCUCAUGUUGAUUUUUUGAUUUAAUUAGUUGAUAUUCACUAAUUCAAUCCACACACUUUCUGUAUGUUAUGGAGAUUUUAAUUGUAUUAAUCUGCAAUAUUGAUAUAGCAACUGUAAUGAAUAAUCAAAAUAUGAAUUUUAACAACAACAAAAGAUAUUAUUUUGAUGUCCAUUUGUGUCCCCAUAACUUACUACUGGUACAAUUAAAGUUAACAUGAAAUCAAAACAGAUCCUAUUUAUUUUCUUAAUAUACAGUAUGUUCCUGAUGUUAUUGUGAACAAUAUGUCAGUGCACAUUGUUCUAAAUGAAUAA